AUGACUCAGAAUGGUGUCUCCUUUGAUUCUGUUUUUGACGAUCAAGAUGAGACUAUUGAGCGAAAGGGCUCUAGCAGCAUAAAGCCUUCACCUGGGGACAGUAUCCCCAACCAUAUAUCCAGAGACCAAGGAAACGGACGAAGAAACCUGAAGUGGUUCGCAUAUUACGACGAAUAUCGAUCAACCGAUGAUUUGCUAGAAGUGUCAACCGACGAAGAGCAAGACCAGCCAACUAUCCACCACGCUUUUGAUACCAUGUUCAGUGACUUCGAUACUUUCCCCUUCAUGGUCGGCGGGGCACCAACUCCGAUUACCCAUCUUCACCCUUCUGCAAUUCAGAUAUUCCAGCUAUGGCAGGUGUAUCUUGAUAAUGUCAAUCCCCUCUUGAAGAUAUUCCACGCCCCUUCUCUGCAAGUACAGAUUGUGGGAGCAGGGGUAGACUUGGCUAAAAUACCAAAACCCCUCGAGGCCCUGAUGUUCAGCAUAUACCUGAUCGCUGUGAAGUCAAUGGCAGAUGAGGAGGUUCAAAGUACCCUCGGAGAACCAAAGUCCACUAUUCUCGAUCGAUAUUAUCAAGCAUCUCAGCAAGCAUUGGUAAAUGCCGGGUUCAUGAGAUCAAAUGAUCUAAUGGUAUUGCAGGCCUUCCUAUUGUGUCUGCUCGGCGUAGGACGCAUUGUUGAUCCGCGUUCGCUUUUCUGCUUGAUUGGGAUUGCUGUACGCAUAGCUACGAGACUUGGUCUGCAUCGGGACGGUGCCAAAUUCGGGCUCUCUCCAUUUGAAGCGGAGCAGCGGAGGCGAACCUGGUGGCAAUUAGUUUCCCUUGAUAAACGAAUUGCAGAGAUGACAGGCUCCCCCAUCACAGCUCUGUCGUCUUGUGGGUCGGAGUGUCGACUCCCUUCAAAUGUCAAUGAUAAGAUGUCUUUUGGUCUGACGCGAAUCGAACUUACCCUGGCAUCUGUUCCAGACAGUAUUCGUCCUAAAACACUCAACAUCAAGGUCUCACAUGCCGUCCAAGCGCCCUCUACAAAGUCACCACAUGCAACUCAGCAAGGUUGCCAUCACAUGCCACCUCGUGAUGUGGAGGAUUAUGAUUCUUACUUCGAUUUAACUUUCAUAAAACACUGCAACCCCGAAAUUCCUAUUCAGCGGCUUACUAUGCUGGCAACCAAAGUUGGACUUUGCAAGCUCCAUGUAGUCGAGUUUAUGUGCCGAGGAGUUCCCGCAUCUAGCUUGAGCGAAAAAGAGCGUGACGGUACCUUUCUGAAGGCCAUCGAAAUGUUGGAAUAUGAUGAUGCAAUUCAUACCAGCGACAACCUCCGAGGCUUCCACUGGUACACCCAGCUCCAAAUUCCGUUUCCAGGAUACAUUUUUCUUGCUAGCGAGCUAGUUCACCGAACGAGCGGCGAGCUUUGUGAGCGUGCAUGGCAAGCAAUUUGCAAUAAUCAUGAGCAUCGGGGGCUUUAUCAUAAUCUGGAGAGUCCGAUGCAUAUGGCCUUUGGCCAUGCGCUCCUUAAAGCGUGGAUAUCCCGAGAACAAGCUGAGCUUCAACUGGGCAGAGCAAGUGAGCCCCCGAAACUGGUUACUGUGCUGCGUCAAAGGUUGGCUUCUAGGACGAAGGGCAAGAACCCCAAAGAUGUGAAUAGAAGCGCGGAUACUGCCAAUACGGAAGUUUCUGGCUCAACUAUGAGCGAGUCGCAGGCAGGUAUUGGGUCGUCAUCUGGACUCGAAAACACAUUCAAUAUGCCGGGGACUUCAACAGGGGAAAAUGUAGAUCCAAUGACUGGAUCUAGCUGGUUCGAUUCGAAUCAAAUGGAUUGGGUAUACCUUAUGCAAUCUGGGGAAUUUGGAGGUCUUUUUGGAGGUGAUGGGCCAGGGUUUACUUAA